GCUCGGCACCGCGCGCAUCUGCGCUGACGAUGCCGGCGCUGCGAUCUUCGACCUCAGCGCGCUGAGAGAGUUUGCCAACGCGUUCAAGUAUAUACAAAAAUAUGUCGCCCUCUGGCUUAAACCGAAAAAGUGCCAACGUGUCCCUCUCUACGCCACGCUCGCAUUCCAGAUGGUCGAGCCGGUCCAGGACCGGCUGCGCGCGAUCGCCCCCGAGUGGGCCCAGUUCGCCAUCGCGAAGAUCGAGAACGGCAUCGACGAGCUCUGGCACGUGCCGCCGUCAACUUUCAUUAUUUGCCGGGUGGCGCGAGCGUCCGAGUUCGGCGCCGUCGACGUAAACUCCGCCUCCCUGGCCUGCGUAAUUGCGCUGAUCCGCGCUACAUUUGGCAGAUGCCGCUGGCCGAGCUUCGCAGCGCCGCCCAUCGCGCUGCUCCG